CAACAAACAACGACCAACAACUUGUUUUUGAAUUCUCCCACGAUUUAAUUGUCAACUAAACAUUGUAUAAAGUUACAAUCUGCUCGAAAGUAAGCCGGCAACAUGGACAAACCCCAGAUGAUUGAGCAUCUGCACGAGGCCGUUAACUACACGGUCUAUGACACCAAAUGGAUUCCGCUCUCAGCCAAGUUCGUGGUUCUUGGCUCCAAACCGAACAGUCAGGGCAUCUUGGACAUUUACGAACUAAACCAGGAGAAGCUGGAGAAGGUGAAGAGUGUAACGAAGAAGUCGGCCUUCAAAUGUGGCACCUUUGGUGCCUCCUCGCUUCGCAAUCGUCACUUGGCUGUCGGUGACUUUGAGGGGCGACUCCAAGUGCUUGAUCUGGAACGGCCAGACAUGGCUGUGUACAAUGUGAAAGCCCACACCGGCAUCAUCAACUGCAUCGAUGCCAUUGGCGGCACACAGCUGGACUGUGGAGCACCAGAGAUUGUGACCGGCAGUCGCGAUGGUGCCGUCAGGGUGUGGGACAUACGCCAGGGUCAAGAGCCCGUGGUGGACAUCUCACCGCCACCGCAAAUGGGCGAUGGCAUCAACAAGUCUGCCAGCACACGACGCGACUGCUGGGCCGUCGCCUUUGGCAACACCUACAACGAACAGGAGCGCAUCGUGGCUGCCGGCUAUGAUAACGGUGAUCUGAAGCUGUUCGAUCUGCGUGCGCUGGCCGUGCGCUGGGAGACGACCCUGAAGAAUGGCGUCUGUGGCCUGGAGUUUGAUCGCCGCGACAUUAUUAUGAAUAAGAUGGCAGUGACCACAUUGGAAGGCGGUCUGCUGGUCUUCGAUAUGCGCACUCAGCAUCCGACCAAAGGCUUCAGCUGGGCGGAAGAACGCAAUGCGGGACGCAGCGUGGGCUCCAAUGGUAUUAUCCAAGGACCAAAGGCAACCGUUUGGACGGUGCGUCAUUUGCCCCAGAAUCGUGAUGUCUUCUUGACGGGCAGUGGCACUGGCUCCAUACGCCUCUGGAAGUACGACUACCCCGAUCGUCGCGUCAUAGAGAACAGCGAUGGCGCCAAGGAAGGCGUUGCUGGCAAACUGCAGAUGGUCAGCGCUGUUACAUUAAGUUCGCAGCCUGUGCACAGCUUUGAUUGGCAUCCGGAUAAGCUGGGAUUGGCUGUAGCGGGCGCCUUCGAUCAAAGCGUGCGUGUACUGAUCACCACCAAGCUGAACACGCUCUAAACAUAGCCUUAAAUGUAGUAGAAACAUCGUCUUGUAUAGUAAUCCUAAUCCUAACAGCUAAGCUGUGUCCUAAUCUCAGCCAGCUCUAGCACUUCACAUUUAGUCAGUCAAGCGUUGCUUUAUACAAAUAGUUAUUACAAUUUAUUAUAUUAAAUACACCGCACAGCA